GGGGGCGGGGGGCGGGUCGGCGCCUUUGUGUGAGCCGAGCCGGGAUGGUGCGGGGCGCCGGGCGGAGCCCCUUGCCCUGCCAGUUUCUGGAUGCCAAGCACCUCCUGCUCGCGCAGCUGAUGAAUGCGUGAAGAAGCAGCUGACCAGGAGAAGGACUCUUAAGCAGCUGCUAAGAUGGGCAUGAGGAUCAAGUUGCACAGCACCAAUCACCCCAACAACCUGCUGAAGGAACUCAACAAGUGCAGGCUCUCUGAGACCAUGUGCGACGUCACCAUCCUGGUGGGCACCCGCUCCUUUGCUGCCCACAAAGCUGUCCUGGCCUGUGCUGCUGGCUACUUCCAGAACCUCUUCCUGAACACGGGGCUGGAUGCUGCCAGGACCUACGUGGUGGAUUUCAUCACCCCAGCCAACUUCGAGAAGAUCCUCAGCUUUGUCUACACCUCGGAGCUCUUCACAGACCUCAUCAACGUGGGUGUCAUCUACGAGGUGGCCGAGCGGCUGGGCAUGGAGGAUCUGCUCAAAGCCUGCCACUCAACCUUCCCUGACCUGGAGAGCUCAGCCAUCACAAAGCAACCCUCCCUGGCUGCGAGUGAAGGACGCUCAGGUCCUCUGAGCAGCACCUCCUCAGAGCAGAGCCACUCCCUGGGGGAGAUCCGCAGUGGUGGGGAGCACUUCGGCCCUGAACGGAAUUACCUCUUGCACGGGGAAGUGUCAGGCAGCUACAAAGAGGACGACAGGAACCCCGUGGGUGAAGCCAGCCAGGCUCUUCCCCUGAUGCACUCUCAGCAGCCUCCCAAGGCAGAGCAGGAACCCAGUCAAGGGCAGUUUGCUCCUGCUGUGAGUUUGGCCACCCAGCCCAGCCUGGGUGGGGUGAACAUCCUGGUUCAAACCACCACAAGCUCCUGCCAGCAGUACAAGAUCCAGAGCAAUGGUGACUACGGCAAGGGCGGCUUCUAUUCCACUGAUCCUUCCCUGGAUGUCUCCACAGGGAGCAACUCCUGUCCCAGCAACAGCGACCACUCCAAAGAGCAGGGUUUUGGGCAGAUGGACGAGCUUCAGCUGGAAGAUUUGGGUGAGGAGGAGCUGCAUUUUGAAGAUGCCAGUGAGGAGCUGGGCCCGUCAGAGGAGGUUAUCGAGCUGAGUGACGACAGCGAGGAGGAGCUGGCCUUUGAGAACGACAGCAGGGACAGCAAGGCCAUGCCCUGCCAGGUGUGCAAGAAGGUCCUGGAGCCCAACAUCCAGCUGAUCCGCCAGCACGCCAGGGAUCACGUGGAUCUGCUCACUGGGAACUGCAAGGUCUGUGAAACCCACUUCCAGGACCGGAACUCGCGCGUCACUCACGUUUUGUCCCACAUCGGCAUCUUCCUCUUCUCCUGUGACAUGUGUGAGACCAAGUUCUUCACCCAGUGGCAGCUGACCCUCCACCGACGAGAAGGGGUCUUUGACAACAACAUCAUUGUCCACCCCAGUGACCCUCUGCCCGGGAAGGUCACCACCUUUGGGGGUGGCCCUGGCACUGAGCUGUCCUGCGCUGCCUGCGGGAAGCCCUUGGCCAAAGAUUUCCACACCGUCCGCAGUCAUAUCCUGGACCACGUGAACUUGAAAAGCCAGAUGUGCUGUGUGUGUGACCAGAGACACCUCAACCUCUGCAGCCUGAUGUGGCACACCCUGUCCCACCUGGGCAUCUCGGUCUUCUCCUGCUCUGUAUGUGCCAACAGCUUCGUGGAUCGGCACCUCCUGGAGAAGCACCUGGCUGUCCACCAGAACGUGGAGGAGGCUCUUUUCCGUUGCCACUUCUGUGGCCAAAGCUUCAAGCUGGAAGCAGCCUAUCGUUACCACGUCAGCCAGCACAAGUGUGGGGGCAGCCUGGACAUCAGACCCAGCUUUGGAGAACGUCUCCACCAGCAGGGCCUGCAGAAGAGGAAACUGCCCGAGGAGUUCCUGAGCGAAGACUUGGCCCUGCAGAACCAGCCAGGCAACAGCAAAUACAGCUGCAAGGUCUGUGGGAAGAGGUUUGCCCACACCAGUGAGUUCAACUACCACCGGAGGAUCCACACUGGGGAGAAGCCCUACCAGUGCAAGGUGUGCCACAAGUUCUUCCGUGGCCGUUCCACCAUCAAGUGCCACCUGCGGACCCACUCGGGGGCCCUGAUGUAUCGCUGCACCGUCUGUGGGCACUACAGCUCCACGCUCAACCUGAUGAGCAAGCACAUCGGGGUGCACAAGGGCAGCCUCCCCCCAGACUUCACCAUCGAACAGACUUUCAUGUACAUCAUCCACUCCAAAGAGGCGGAGAAAAACACGGACAGCUGAUGGGGUGAGGCAGGGCAGGGCCAGCGAAAGGAGCAAGAACUAAUUACAGGAGCUGUGGAAAACAAACGUCACUUAUUUUAUUUAAUGGUCAGGCAUCGUGGAGGGAAUCCUCCUUUUCAAUUUUUUUUUUUUCAAUUUCUUUUCUUUUUCUUUUGGCCUUGCUAGGGCUUUGUAGAUUGGUGGCAUUGUACAAAUUAACAGCACGUAAGCUACAUCACUGUGUCCACAAAGUCUGUCGUGUUUACUUACCUCUGGUCCUGUUAGAGGCCACCAAGUUUUGUGUUUUUAGCGUUUCUCACUAGGUUUUUAAUCUAGAUUUUUAUUUUUUUUUAACCUUUUAGCCCACUUGGCUAGUCUAACCCUCAGUUUGAGCUUGUCCACAAACUGAUGCUGCUAAGAUUUUUCACACCUGACCUCAGUAGAGAGGGACAGAACCGGAGCAGGAUGGUGCUGGACUUGAAGAAAAGGAAAAAAGAGAAAAGAAGGCAAAAAGAAAAGGAAGAAAAGACUCGUUCUGGGCAUCACUGGGGUUCUGCUGCUAUUGCAAAGUCUGUGUUGCAGAGUCAGCCCUGAAGUGGAGAGCAGCGCGUGAGUGUGCCCGUGUCCAUGUGGAGGGACCCUGGGGUGAAGGUACUGGGGGGUUGCUGUCCCUGGGGCUGGAGCACCCGGGUCCCCAGGACCCUUGAGAGUGUGGGUGGCAGCUUCUCUGCCCGUGAUGCUGCUCACUGGUGCCCCAGUGCCCAUCUCUGAAGGAGGAGGUGACAGCGACAGCACCGAGAGCCGGAGCAGCUGUGCAGGAGGGAGGAGGUGGUGAGCAGGAGGAUCCCUGGGGUGAGCAGGGGACAGGUUCAUGUCAUGAGGACAACUGCUCCUGGGAGAGGUGAUGGCACAGUCAUGUUGAGAGCGUGCCAGCAUCUCCCUGGCUCUCCUCUGCCAGCGUGGUGCAUCCCAGGGCUGGAAGUGCUGGAUACCGGAGAGCUGCGCCGGAUCCCAGCAGAACAGAGGUGAUGAAGCCGUUGCCUUAACUCCCAGGAAGGUGCUUCGGGAAGGACUUGUCUCUCUGCUGAAGGGUCAGUCCCCUCGUGUGGCUGCCACCGCAGGUCACCGCAUCCCAAACACGUCUGGUUGCAGGAUGGGGGUGGUGGUGGUGCCAUGUCAGUUGUGUCGAACUGUGCUGCACCUCCGGCAGGCGCCUGCUGGGGGCCGCGGCUCAGCCUCUCCAGGACACGCGUUGGGCACAGGCUGGGGGCUCCUCGGCGUAGAGGGCUCUCCGGGCUGCUCCGACAAGGUCAGUGUUUACUCUGGGAAGGGUGGAGAUGGUCCCUUUCCCAUGUUAUCCUGCUGUGGGGCCGAGGUGGAGAGGAACAAAUAUUUCCGAUGCCGCAGCGUGAGUUGGGGCUGCCCGUGGGUCACUGAUUCUACCUCACAAACAGGAAGUGCUCGGGGCUCUGGAGCCUCAGUCGUGGUGAGUUGGCUCCUGCGCUUCUGUAAAGAUAAUGCUGUUAGAAAACAAAGCUGGUGAUAAGCAAACCCCAUCAACUCACCCCUCUUUCCCCUCCUCUCGAAGGCACAACCCACGGCAGAGGAGCAGCGUGGGCUGGAUGCGUGGUUGGUGAGUUGGGAAUUCUGGGGAGUCGCCCCCUCCCCUCCCUCGCGCCGCUGUGGCCUUGGGCAAGUCACUUCACCUCUUUGCCUCAGUUUCCUCAUCUGUAAAAUGAGGGUGGUAACACUUGUGGUACCUACCUACCUCCCAGGAGCACGGCAAAGGUUGCUGCUCGUACCUGCCAAGCAUGGUGAACACAUCCCAGGGGAAUGGCACUCUCCAUCCUCUCCUCUUCUGUGCCAGCUCCUCCACCUCAUGGGGUCGUUUUUGCCCAAACCUCCCUUCAGCCCCGUCCCUGUCACAGGGAGGAAGGAGAGGCCAAGGCUGUUUGUGCCCUUUCCCCAGUCCCUGUGGCACUGGCUGGGUGUGGGGCCAGCUGGCAUCACCCUGGGGGGAGUUCAGUGAAUUUGUCCUGGUUUCUGUGCCUGGACCCUGUUCCCAGGGGAGCAGAGGCACCGAAGAGAUUGCCAGUGGUCAGUGGCCAGGCUGUGGGCAGUGAUCUCCAGCUGGUCUGCAGAGCCACAUUUAGCCUGCUGUUAAGUUUGAAAAUAUCUGUCCUCUUGAGAAGGCACAGUGCUCCCAGGAGGUGUGGGGGGAGAUGGUUCCCUGGAGGCUCCUCUGAGCCCUCCUGUGUGGUUGUGGAUGGGAGAGGGAACGGGUGUGACCUGCUCUGCCCUGGAGCUUGCUAUGAAGGAUGUGAGGGAGCAGAGGAGGCUUGAGAGAGCCAAGUCCUUACAGCCUCAAAACCCUCUUAAAAUGUCCCAGAAGCUGUGAUGAGCUUUUGGAUGGGGCAGCAUCUGCAGCCCUGUAUUACACUAAGCUGUGAAGCAAAAGCCUUUUGUGCACAUAAACCAAAAAGUGAAGCUUUUACACUGAAACAGUAAUGGGCAAAGCAAGCCCACCCUUUUGGCCCCAGGGAGGGGACAGCAAAAGCCCCCCCCCUGUUUUCUGCCAGUGUUGUUCAGCUGUGGGGACAGGGGGACAGUGCUUGGGUCCCCAGCAUUUCUGUCUUGGAUUCUUUCCUGUGUUAUAAUGAAUUAUUCCCAUGUGAAACAUCCUGAGAUCAGCAAGUACUGAAACAGGUUACCCAGGGACGUGGUCAAAGUCCCAUCCCUGCAAGCUUUUAAGGCCAGGCUGGAUGGGGCUCUGAGCAACCUGAUCUAGUGAGAGGUGUCCCUGCCCAUGGCGGGGGGGUUGUGACUGGGUGAUCUUUAAGGUCCCUUCCAACCCUGAAAAUUCUAAAUCCCAACUGUGGAGGGGAUGUGGGGGCACAAGAGGGGUUUUCCCCUACAUUCUCCCCCCCUGGGCAGUGUCCUAGGACUCUCUGGGUCAUCAGCCAGUGUCAGGGCUCUGUUGUCCCUGUCCCCUCAGCAGCAUGGAUGUCCCUGACUCCAGCCUGGCUGGAAGUUCCAGGGUUCCUGCAGAAGGCUGUGUAGAUGGGGCUCAUUCCAAGUCCCCACAGAGGAGCCAUCACUCCAGCCUUGCUGCUUCAUGGUGGAGGCACUGGUGGUUGUGGUGGAGACCAAACACCAGUGCCUGUGCUGGGGGAGCCAGGGGGGAUCCUGGCUCUGUUCCUGGUUCCACCAUUGGCUUUCCUGCUCCCCUCCCUCAGCACAGGGACAACACUUAACCUACCUCGCCCCGGGGCAGCUGUGGGGUUUAACUCAUGUUUGCAAAGUGCUCCAAGACCCUCGGGGUCUGGAGGGGAAACGCUUUGCUACGAGUGGUGCCAGGGGUGUUGGCAGAGAGCAGCCAGGUCGUGGCUCCUCGUGGGAAACCCUGACACAAACCCCCUCCAAAAGGCAGCACUUGGAGACCCGUCUUACCCUGACUGCUUAAACACAAAGUUCAGUUUUAUCCCCCCCUUUCUCAAAGGAUCCAGGUCUCUCAUCAGAGUAAUUAAGCAGAAAAAGAAAGAGUUAAUUGCUGUCUAACCUUUUUGUUAAGUUAAUAGUAGGUACUGACCUCCUGAUAUUUAAGUGUUUACUAUCUAUUUGCUGUAAAGUUUUGUAUAUUUUGUAAACUUCCCCCCCUCCCCAAAUGGUAGAUGUCUAAAAUCGUUGUACAUCGGGUUCUUUUAUACUCCAUUGUUCAGCACAAAGUGUGGUUUUUAUUUAGAAUAAUAAAAUGGAAAA